UUAUAAUAAAAUAGAAAACGCCAACAAGGGUGGACAAAAAGGAACAAAGGAAAAAUUAGCUUCCUGAUUGAACAAAACCUGCAAACAACGUAAGUCUCCUUCCAAUUGCACUGUGUUCAUCCCAUUCUGGAAUGAAUUUCCUUCAGUUUGAUCAAUUGGGUUGGAAGCGAAGCCUUUGUGGAUCACUGAUUGGAUUUCAAAGAUCUGUUUUUUAAACAAUUUCAAUCGAAUUCCUUCCUCUUUUCUCCAUGUAUCCCUCACUCCCCCUCCGUCGCGACAGGCCUGCCGCCGACCGCCCCCUCGCCGCCGUGGCCAAUUCCCCAACUCAGAUUUGGGUUUUUAAUGGUUUUCAAAUUUGAGUUCCUCUCCUACUUUUUUUUAUCCUCGUUCUUUUAUUAUUUCAGUUAAAGAAGUUAUAAUCGGCAGUGAGAUGUGUUUUAUACUGUUACCAAUAGAUAUGAAAUAUUAUUAUUAUUAUUGUACUGAUUAAUAUUUUUUAUUAUGUAUAUUUAGUAUGAGAUAUGCUACAGCAUUAUUGUCACAAUUCCAAGGAGUAAAGUUUACAGGUUCCAUAAAUAUCUAAUAUUGGUAUUAAUAGUUGCAAGGCUAUAUAAAAUAUAUGUAGUUGUUUUCAAUUUGUUAGUUUUGUUUUUUUGUUGAUGGUGUCAGGCUAUAUAAUCUUUUUAGCUAUGCUUGACUUGCUUCCUUUCCAUCUUAUUAAUCACUGAACUUAAAUGUUUCCUGAACUUUUCUCUGGUGUUGUCUUUCUGAAUGCUGCUUAAAUUUAAGGUAAGAAAAAUAAGGGGAAACUGGAGAAUUUUUAGAGGCAGAAUGGGGGGGGUCUUUGGUGCAAUAUGGAAACUCUUCAUCCAAUUUAUGAGAAGAACGUUAGUGUUUGAUUUCUGAGCUUGCAAUUACAUUGGGUUGUUGUUUUCAAAUUACUGCAGUUUGGACCUGAAAACCAGCUCUUGGUUGGUUGUGACCUUGUCAAUUGGUGAAAUAUAUAUGCUCUCCAACUAUGGAUAACAUGAAGAAAGAUGAACCUCAAGAUGAGAAGCCAGAUGAGCUUGCUGAAUCUCUGGAUGAUCUAUUCUGUAGCAUUUCCACCAUGAUCAAAUCCGAGCUUCAGGGGACAAAUAAUCACCUAGAACUGUUGGAGAAGAUGAAUGUAAGAGUGGCAGAAGAGUACAAAGGGUUUGGUGACUUGGCUUCAGGGUUGAGGGUUUUUGUAGAGCAGUUGAAAUGCAAGAGUGGUAGCUUCAAUGAAUAUGUUGAGCAGAUUGAUAACAUAGAGAAGCAGGUGACUGAGUUUGAAGCUGUUGUGUCUAUGCUUGAUAAGUAUGUUGCUCUGUUGGAAUCAAGAGUGCAAUAUGUGUACCUUCCCAAAAUCCAUCUUCCUAAUCAACAAUAGUGUAAAACUUUUACUUUUCAUUAUUUUCUCUUCUCAAGUGAAUGAAUUGCUAGAUUUACCAUCUUGUAGAUUUACAUAUGUUCUCCUUUGUCAAAACAAAAAGUAUUGAAAGGCCUACCAUGAUUUAUGUAUGCAAUAAUCUUUAAACUC